AUGCCUGCGUCUUCAACCCUCCUGCACGCUAAUAUUUUGCUAUUUUCUGACCGAGCCCACAUUUAUCGCCGAUUGACAGCCUCCCCUGAUUUUGCGCAAUCCUUUGCAAUACAUCUUGCCGCCUUUGCAAGCCUUGAUGGUCGAGCGAGGGAUAGGAUCAUAGAAAUUGCGCCUGAUGUUCUUUCCUGCACCGUUGACACACCAGGUUUGAUUGCACAGCUAGAUCCUCUUGCCCCGACAAGUGCCUACUCGACUGGCCUUUGGCCCAACAACCUUUCCGAGCAACGCCCUGACGGGAUUAUUGUUCGCCGGCCUUGGUUGGCUGCACCAGCCCAAGAGCUAUACGCCGUUUCGCGAGAGGGAGUUGAGAAUUUCCGACCGCUUCCAAUCAAUGGCGCCAAGCCAUGGAAGUAUCUUCGGAAAUUAGACUUAGCCCCUCUUGGGUCGUGGACUCUACGUCGUGGAGAUAUUGUCAAUGUAGAUACCGGACACAGCACCGCCCCUGCCAAGCCUUCUGAAAUUCGAAGCCUUGGUGAUGGCCGCUUUGUUGUGGUAUACUGUUGGCUAUAUACUAGGGAGGACAUCCUUGGUGAGCUCAAGAUUGACGGCGCUGUCCCUUUGUCGGCUCUUGCCAAUUUGAAUCAGAUGUGGCCACCCGGAGUGCGCUACAGCUACAUGCUGAGCACUAACCGAACAAUAUCCAUCUGGGAUACUGCUAUUGAGCGCGUCCCACCAGAGAUUUCGUCCAGUCUAUGCUACAGUGCAAUUUACAGCACGACCCCUACGUCGCGUCGGAUUUGGAGCAUAGACAACAAACGGUUUCAGUGGAUGAAAAGAAUUCUCCACCUUGAACCCGCAGAGAUAGUGGCAUGA